AUGAAUAAAGGAAAUGCAAAAAUAACAGGAAUAGUAGUAAUCGUAGGAGCUAUAUCACUGGCUAUAGCAGGCAUAGGACUCUGUGCUAUGUACUACAAUAAAAACUCUUACAGUUUACCAAACCAUGAAACAAAAAAAGAUAAUCUACUAAAAGAGAAUGCAACUUUAAAAGAAAAGCCAAUAAACACUAGCUCGAACAUAUUAAAAACACUGGAUGCAAGCAACCCCGAUGGACAAAAUAAAAAAGCGAAGGAAGAAGAGCAGACUAACAUUAAAAAGAAAAAGCAAGAGAAUAAAUUAAAAGAGCAAUUAACAAAAGAAGAAUUAACGAACAAGAAAGCUAAACAAGAAGAGGAAGACCAGGCUAAACAAAAAGCUGAAGAAGCAGAGAGAGCAAGAAAAAAACAAGAAGCAGAAGAAGCAGAGAGAGCAAGAAAAGCAGAACAAGAAGUAGAGAGAAGAAAGAGAGAAGUAGAAGUAGAGAGAUUAAAAAAAGCAAAAGAAGAAGCAGAAGUUGAGAAAGUAAGAAAAGAACAAGAAGCUGAGAAAGCAACAGAAUCAGAAUCAGUAGAAGAAGUAGGAGCAGAAGCAGGAAUAGAAGUAGGAGUAGAAGCAAAAGAAGAAGCAGAAGUAGAGAGAAUAAAGAAUGAGCAGGCUAAACAAGAGGAAGUACAAUCUGCACAAGAAAAAGAGCAAGAACAAGAACAAGAAAUGAUAAGUGAACCCACUGAUAUUAGCAAAAGUGAGAUACAAACAAAAGAAAAAAUAGAAAAUCCGUUAGAAAAUGGAUAA